AUGCAGUUGCAAUUUUUCACCACCGUCUCUGCAAUCCUCUCUCACUCUGUUAUACAACAUCGCUUGACUUUCUCCUAUCCUCAAACACUGGGUAAUCUAGUUCUUGGAGUAGAUCUUGAUCCGUACACCCUUAUUAAUUCAAUACGGCUCAUAAACUCACAUGAAAGAGCCAAAGUUCGGAACAAGAGAGCAGUUGCACUCAUGAAAAGAGAUAGUUGGCUCGCUCCCUCUGCUCUUGGACCAGACCGUUCGAUGGGACGGCACGAAACGUUACGCAAUAGUUCAAGGGAUGCACUUUCUUUUCCCUCCCCCAGGCGGCAAGAUGGUUGCGAAAUGCCUGGGUGGUCUGAUGACCAACUCCUCUUCCCUUUGAAGAUUUUAGUCUAUCAUUGGUAUGAUGAGCGAAAGCGAAAACUCAAAAUUCCUAUAAGAAAGAUUUAA